CGCCCGCCGCAGGUCCUCGCUCCAGCAGGAAGAGGUGGGGGCUCGGUUUUGCCCCCAACGCCAGCCUGGAGGAUGCUGAGUCCUGCUGCUUCCCUCCACCCAGAGUCCCCGAGCACCCCUGCCUCCGACGGUGUCCCUGCGGGCACGAGCGUUUCCCCAGGACUCUCAGACAGACUCCCGCGAUCGUGCGCGCCGCCGGGGCUGGAGGAGGCGCUGAGCGCGCUGGGGCUGCAGGGAGAACGCGAGUACGCUGGGGACAUCUUCGCCGAGGUCUUGGUGUGCCGCGCGCUGCUCCGGAGGGCCCUGCCUCGCACCGUGACCCCGAAGAUGCGUGCGCUAGUGGUGGACUGGCUGGUCCAGGUGCACGUACGUACCCGCGGAGGGGUGGGCCUGGGACUGCGUCGCAGCCUGGUGGUCACCCGCGCUCCUCUCCAGGAGUACCUGGGCCUGGCAGGGGACACGCUGUACCUGGCCGUGCACCUGCUCGAUUCCUACCUGCGCGCGGGCCGAGUGCGCCUACACCGCCUGCAGCUGCUGGGCGUAGCCUGCCUGUUCGUGGCAUGCAAAAUGGAAGAGUGCGUGCUCCCCGAGCCCGCCUCCCUCUGCCUCCUGGGCGCUGGCUCCUUCUCACAGGCCGAGCUUCUGCGGGCCGAGCGCCGCAUCUUGAGCCGUUUGGAUUUCCGGCUGUACCAUCCAGGUCCACUCCUCUGCCUCGGCCUACUUGCCGCGGUGGCCCGGAGCAGCCCCCAGGUGAUGCUACUUGCCACCUACUUCCUGGAGCUGUCUCUGCUGGAGGCCGAGGCCGCUCGGUGGGAGCCGGGUCGCCGCGCAGCAGCGGCACUGAGCCUGGCGCACCGCGUGCUCAACGGUGCGGGAUCCGGGCCGGAGCCGGCGCUUUACAGCCCCGCGGAAUUGAGCCCGCUGGAGCCGUGCAUGGCUCGCGCAGCACUCAGAGGCCCCGCGCCCGGCCGAGCUGCCAUCUUCCUCAAGUACGCGCGGCCUCAGUGCCAAGGCACCAGCCUCACCGCCGCCCGCCUGCUCCGCCGCCCCCAGCCUGGGCCUCCCUGAAUCCCUAUCAAAAAAGACUUCGUGUGUGUCCGUCUCCCACUUCAAUAAAAGAGUUUCUUUUAUUCCGA